CUUCGACGCAGUUGACACGAUUCGCGCGCGACUCGUUUUUGGUGUGCCAUUCAGCAGGAGCAGAAAUCCUGAAGCUGAGGCUAAAACACAACCAGGACAUAAGCUGUGCGAGCAAAAAGGAUUCUAACUGCAGGAUUAUGGUCAUUUGUGCGGUGUGCUAACCUAAAACCAAGCAGUUCUCAGACUGCAACUAACUGAAAAGAGUAAAACACAAGUGGAUAAACUAACGAGAAUAAAAAGUGAAAACUUUAAGGAUAAUAAACUUGAAACGAUCGCUCGUCACGUGAGUUCCAGUGGUGCAGGCCCAGAUUCCCUGGAAAACAAUCCAUAUACAAUUUAUUUGGGGGCAGCGGCAGACAAACAAUGAUAAUUAGUUGGCCGUCACAACAACAAAGAGCUGUGCAAUAAAAAUUAAUUAGGAAAUAUUUCACAUCACACAGCCGCAAUUUGUCAAGGGAAAGCGCACAAAAGUGCGCUAUACAUAAGAGCUUGCGGUCCCUCGCUCAAUUUCUAAUUAGAGAGCUGUGGCACGCGAAAAAAAAACUCCGAAAAUAAACUGGAAAACUGGAAAUUAAACAAAGCGGCAAAGCGACUAUGCAAAGUAUGUGGACGCUUAACCAAAUGAAAACUUAAAGCGAACAAAAAAAGUCAGUCUGCAACUCCAGUAAAUUUAAUAACAAAGCUAAAAAAAAGGAGAAGAACUCCGGAACUCAGUAGCUCCACAUCAUACGCGCCGAGCGCGGAACAAUGAAAAUAAUUUCGCGUAGCAUACGUACAGGCGCCUUGGCCCCGCCCUCCGCCCCCGGCAUUAGGAAAAGCAGCCAGCGACGCAACCGCGCUCCGCUCAAAAUGAAUUGCCCCAUUCUGAUUGUAAUUAGCCUCGGAUGGCUGCUGCACGCGCACGCCGGAAGCGGCGGGUUCGCCGUCGAGGCCGCCAUUUCAAAUCGAGGCAGCAACGGCCGCUCGAUGAGCAACGUCCAGCAGUCGGCGGCAGCCCCCUCCACAUUGACUGCCACUCUGCCGCGCUUCCUGUCCCGAGGACACACCUAUCGCGCCGUCGUCGGGGACACCCUCGUCCUGCCCUGCAAGGUGGAGAAUCUGGGCAAUUUCGUUCUUCUGUGGCGACGUGGAACAAAUGUGCUCACUGCCUCCAACAUUAUGGUUACAAGGGAUGAGCGCGUAAGACUGAUAGAUGGUUAUGAUUUAGAGAUAUCCGAUUUGGAGCCCCAAGAUGCCGGGGAUUAUGUUUGUCAAAUCAGUGACAAAAUAAAUCGUGAUCAAGUGCACACAGUUGAGAUAUUGGUUCCGCCCAGUGUACGGGCCAUCCCCACAUCAGGACAACUGCAGGCUCGCAAAGGAGGACCCAUUACGCUGGAGUGCAAGGGAUCUGGUAAUCCAGUGCCAUCCAUUUACUGGACCAAGAAGAGCGGCGCAAACAAGUCGACGGCCAGGAUCGGCGACGGACCCAUUUUGACCCUGGAGAAGCUGGAGCGCCAGCAGGCAGGAGUCUACCAAUGCACCGCCGACAAUGGAGUGGGCGAUCCGGUCACAGUCGAUAUGCGACUGGAUGUGCUGUAUCCCCCGGAUAUACAAGUGGAGAAGUCCUGGAUACACUCGGGCGAAGGAUUCGAGGCGAAGCUCGUUUGCAUUGUUUACGCUGAUCCAGUCGCAACGGUGUCCUGGUACCAGAACUCAUUUCCGAUCCAAUCGACCGACAGACGCACCAUGAACACCCGGGCCAACCGGCACACGCUCACCAUACGCCACAUCCAGCAGGAGGACUUUGGCAACUACAGCUGUGUGGCGGACAAUUCGCUGGGACGCUCCCGCAAGUACAUGGAACUCUCCGGACGCCCCGGACCCGCCGAGUUCUACUCACCCAAGUGGGGUCGUUCGCCGGACAGCUACAAUCUGACCUGGAAAAUCGAUAGCUACCCGCCGCUGGAGGAGGUGCGCCUACUCUACCGUCGAGUGCUGAUGAAUGAGACGUUCCAGCAGCCGGGAAGGUGGCACGACUUCAUCCUCACCCCGGAACACCGACCGGCCACGGAGCCCCUGACACACAUCAUGUCCUACACCAUUAAGAAUCUGCAUCCGGGCGCUUACUACGAGGCAAUUGUGCAGGCCAAGAAUCGCUAUGGCUGGAAUGAGGUCAGCGAUAUAUUUCAAUUUAUCGUCGCCACCAAUAGCCAGGACAUUGCCCCGGAGGACGCCGAGGUGGUGGCCAGCUCCAAGUCGCGCAGCAAUAGUGCCUCGGUCGGCAGCCUGCCAGGAUCCUUGCCCCACAGCCUGCUCCUCCACACGGUGCUGCUCCUGGUCCUGGGCUUGAGUAAUUGUCAGUUCGACAGACGUCGACUGGGUCUGGGGUAAGCGGAUGAUUCGGCAGGAGAUCAGGAUCAGAAUCAGGAUCAGGAUAAGGAGUAGCAGCACAAGCCGAGGGAAUCGCUCACACUAAAAGGGGGAAAAUUGGCGGGGAAGGACAAAAAGUACGGAGUUCCCGAGAAAAUUCCCAAAUCUUUUUCCGGCAAGGGCGCCGACUUUUUUGGAAUUCGUAUACCGCUAAUUGUGUUCCCUUCCCUUCUCUUAAUUUUACCAAAGCGCAAGUGAAUCAAGCCGAAACUAUAGAAACACAAAGGAAGAUAACAAACCAGAAAGCUGAAAAAAGAAAAAAGAAAAUAUUAAACCCAUGUAAAUAAUUUUUCAAAAGAUUUGUCCACGAUUAAAUUUAAACACACAUAAAACCGGAAAAUGGUUAAUGGAAAUUGCGAGUCGAGAAUGCAAAUCCACUAUCCAAAUCCCACCCCCAGUUCCAUCCCCAUGGUAGAAUAAGCCACUCGAACUAGGUCAUGUAAAUAAGCAUUAGAUAUCUGAAUGUGAACUGCAUUUUACUUCAUAAAUGUCGGGCUCGUGCUCGAUGCAGGAUGUGUAUGUAAAUUAAGCAAACAUUAUAUAGUGAUAUUAUUUAGUUUCAAGCGAAACCAUAAAUAACAAAAUAUUGAAGAAGAAAAAAACACAGAAAACCAACCAGACCGCAAAAUGUUAGUAUGUAAAGUAUUUGCCACAUUUGUUUUUCAAAUUCGUUUCAUUGUCAUUCCUUCGAUUGCAGCUGUAGUCUUAUUUUAGCCAGUAAGCGCACCCAUAACCAAAAGGAUAACAACGUAACAGCAAUUCAAUGUAAUGUUUUUCGAUGUAAAUUAGAGUCUAAGCAAACAUGUUGUACCACCAAAAAGAGCGACGGAACUAAGCUAAUCCCCCAUUCGGAAUAUUAGUCGGAGUAUUUGAAUGUGAAUUUUUGCAUACAUAUUAGCGGCACGUGAAUUCACGUGAUUCACGAUUGUGUCAAUCUGUAAAUACAUGAAUACGGUACUUAUUGAGUGUUACAAACCCAGCAGGCAUUUUAUCAGCUUUUGCACCUUUCCAAUUGUACGAUCCGAAUCCGUACUGUUUCAUUUAGGGCACACAAUAAAGGUCAAAGCUCACUUGUAUAUUUUAUAGGCCGCGGCCCCUCGAACUCGUAAACAACUCCUGUAUUUAGCAUGUCGAACGAAGCCAAAACCGAAAGAAAAAAUGAAAUCGAAUCGAAUCGAAAACCAAGUAAAAGCGUUACAAUUUAUCUACAUAAAUGUGUAUGUGUGUGUACCUUACAUAGCCAGUUGAAUGCAGGAGACUCGAAGGCAUUACUACAGAUUACACAGAUGGACGGAUGCCGAAAUGAUUCACGUCUAAUCUGAACCUAAACACAAGUAUAUUUCAAAUAAACCAGAAAUAGAUAAGCACUUGGACCGUACGUGUUCAUUGAAAGUGAAUUCAUUAAUUACUAACUACAUAGUACGAUGCUAAUUGUAUGAUUAAUGCGCAUAAGAAAGCCUAAAAUAUUCAGAAAUAAAAUAAAGCAUUAGAUGUAAACUAAA